ACUUUGUGCAUCGCCUGCAGCCAGCUGGAAUCACAAGCGCCACUCCAGGGACCCCGAUGAAACCCCAUCCGCUGCCCGGGCUGGGGGAGCUAUAAAUAAAGAGCUCGGGGAGCCCAGCACCAGGCCCUGCACCCCCCCUUCUCCAGCCUCUGGUCUCAGCCUCUCCUAUGAAGGGGAUGGGGGGCACCCCAGACACGAUGGGGCCUGGGUCCUGUGAUUAGACCAGACCCUGGGUUGGGGGGGCACUGCUCAGACAGGACCUCAACCCCCACGGAACGCAGCCCGCCCCGCCCCAGGGCAGGCAUCUCCUCCCUCCAGAGCAGACCCCCAGACGGGGGUGAAUGGGGGGCGAGCCUGAGUGCCCUCCAGGAGAGCGAAUCGGAUCCCAGCUGAGCCCACCCUGGUCCUACCCUCGAGGGGCUCAGCCACAGGCCACCACUGUCCCCUCCCCAGUCAGCGAGCAGGGGGCAGGGGUCUCCCCACGUGACAGCUGAGGAAGCUGAGGCCCAGAGCUGCUGAAGGGCUGCCAGGAACCCUGUCCAGGGCUCCCUGCCCCCAACCUUCGACCCCAGGGCCUCCAGCCGCUGUCUAGCCCGCCUAGGGCCUGGGGGCACUGGCCCGUCCUCCAGGCAGAGGGAGCAUGUUCUAGAAGGUACUGCUACCCCGUGAGCUCUCAGAUGCCCAAGGAGUCUCAGUGCCUCCUGCACCCGCUGGCCCUGCCGCCCACGAGAUCUGAAACAGCUGCCGGGCCCAGGCCCCGGAACCCAACCCACCCUGGGGACAGCAACCCGAGAGCUGCAGCCCACGAGGGCGAUGGACAUGGACUUCGCCCACAUGAAGGCAGCCUUGGCCAUGGGCACGUCCCUCUUGGACAAGGACAUUGAGCUGCUGCCCCCAGACAUGAGGCACCACGGUGCCUUCAACCACCUCAACUUCUUCGAGCACAUGCGGAAGUUCCAGGCCUUGGGGCAGCUGGACGCCGUGAUCCGCAAGGCCUUCCAGACGCUGGACAAGGACAGGAGCGGCUUCAUCGAGUGGAAUGAGAUCAAGUACAUCCUGUCCACCGUCCCCAGCAGUGGGCCCACUGCCCCCCUGACAGACGAGGAAGCAGAGGCCAUUAUGCUGGCGGCUGACGCAGACGGGGACGGCAGGAUCAACUUUGAAGAAUUUUCGGACUUUAUCAAAAAGGAGAAAAUUCCAAAGAAGUAGUAGUGACACCAGCCCCGGCUGACUGAAGCCCUCAACGUGCCCACGGGGCCCCAGGGGCGCAGUGGGGCAGCCUGUGGGGCCGAAAAGAAACAGUGUUCCAUGAGCAGCGUGUCCUGGCAUGUCUGUGCAUGGCCGUGAC